AUUCGGAUCACUGUGUAUUCAUUAAUUCGUCCUCAAUAUGAUAGAUUAUGAAGUCAUUAUACUUACAAACUAAUACAUGAGUUAUUAUUAUAUCAAUGUUAUUUAAUCACUGUUAUGUUAUCAAUAUCUCGAUCAUUGCCACUAUAUAUAUAGCCAUAGUGCCAACCAAAUUUCGCCUUCACUACUUCCAAGUUCCAUCUUCCUUCUAAAUUCUAAACAAUUACACAAGCACAAAAGGGAGCUCUGGUGAUUUGGAGCAGAGGAAAACAGAGCAAAUAAAUGAUGCUGAAAUCCCACCACUCUAAAAUUGUAUUCUUGAUGUUUAUCUUCCUUCUUGCAUCUGAGCAACUCACAGCUGCUCCAAUUUUAUCAGUCAAUCAUGGAGAAGUUGAAGCAGAGAAGAAGCUUGUUAGAGUUGGAAGAGGAGAUGAAAACUCUGAUUCCCUGAGUGUACUGCCUGAAUCCCUUCUCCUUCUCUUCCAUUUUUGGCUUUCUCCUCUCCAAUCUUGUCAGUUAUAAGCAUUCUCAUUUGGUGUUUAAUAUAUAUAUAUAUAUAUAUAUAUAUAUAUAAUUUUCAGGAUUUGAUGGGUCUGGAAAGGUGUGAAAAUGGAGACAAGGAGUGCUUUGAAAGAAGGGUUCUUGCUGAAGUUCAUUUAGAUUACAUCUACACACAGAACCAUAAACCUUAGAACUCGCAGAAAAUUGUUCUUCAUAAAUAGGCAAGAAUAUCAGGUUUAAUUCCAGAACCUCAUUUUCUGUUUAGCAGUAUCUUAGAAUUCUCCUAUUUUGUCCUGGAGAUGGGCAGAAUCGCAGUGAUUUUUUGUAAUUAUGUUUAGAUUGUAGUGCUGAAAUCAGAACAUGUUGAAUGUUGUGUAUUAGUAUUAAUUAAGUAUAAGUGGAUGCGGUAAUUUUGUGAAAGAAAUUUGAGAUAAGCUUAUCAUAGCUUUAGGCUUUUAGCUCAUUGUCUUGUGGUAACAUGAGAAUGCUGAAUCUUGAAAUUUUCUGCACCAAGGUAGGGUAAUUUUGAGUUAGACGGUUAAAUUAUUUUUACGAGACAAAUUUACCAUGUGUGACACUGGUUUUCAUCGUCAUAUUUAAAUGUCAAUCACCUUCUCGGUAAACAAUUAUUUUACCAUCUUCAUGGGUACGUGCAUGUUACCACCCUAAUGAAAAAUAAAACCAUUUUUUUUACCAC